UAGGUUUGAACGGAAUCAGUUCAAUAUCACACCAUCAAAAUGGAUCAGGCAAAGUUGGCUAAGAUGCAGGCUAGCGUGCGGAUUGGAGGCAAGGGUACUCCCCGCCGCAAGGUCAAGAAGGUCCACAAGUCCUCCGGUGCCGAUGACAAGAAGCUCCAGGCCACCCUCAAGAAGAUGAACGUCCAGCCCAUCCAGGCCAUCGAGGAGGUCAACAUGUUCAAGGAGGACGGAAACGUCAUCCACUUCGGUGCUCCCAAGGUCCACGCCUCCGUCCCCUCCAACACCUUCGCCCUCUACGGUAACGGCGAGGAGAAGGAACUCACCGAGCUGGUCCCCGGUAUCCUGAACCAGCUUGGCCCCGACAGCCUUGCCUCCCUCCGCAAGCUCGCCGAGAGCUACCAGAACAUGCAGAAGAACCAGGCCGGCGCUGACGGCAAGAACGACGACGAGGACGACAUCCCCGACCUUGUUGAGGGCGAGAACUUCGAGAGCAACGUUGAGUAAACGAUCUGAUCUACAUCCACCAUGCGAAUGAUAUGUGUGUGUCCGGGACCACGAAUGAAACCACGGCUUGUGCUCUUGUUGCGCUGGCGGAGUUUUGUUUUGUGUUUGUGAUAUCUUAGGUUGAUUUGAGAGAGGAUAGUAUUGAAUCAAUAAAAUAUGAAUUUUUUUUUUUC